AUGCCUUGCAUUGUGAGCACCUGCCAGACCUACUACAAGGUCAAGUCUGGCGAUAGCUGCUACUCGAUUGAUUUGGCAGCGGGAAUCACCCUUGCUCAGUUCCGCUCCUGGAACACCCAGAUUGAUGCCACUUGCACUAAUUUGUGGGUUGACUACUAUGUCUGCACAAAGGCCGAGUUCCCUGCUCAAUUCUUCUGCUCGGCACAGGUGAUGUCCAUAUUUGAGUCUAGUUCUGGCCUUGUUUUGGGUUGA